AUGGCCGGGGACGAGAAGACCUUCCGCUACGCCUUCAUCGUGCUCGGCUUCUUCCUGGUGAUGACGGGGCUGUUCAUCAUGAGCGUGGAGAAGCCCCAGGUUUACAUCACCUUCUGCACCGUGGGCGUCCUGCUCGUGGCCGUGGGCGUCGCCUGGAGCAUGUGCCAGUGCUACCCGAGGGUCACCUUCGUCCCCGCGGACUCGGAGACGGAGCAGUUCCUGGCUCCCGGGCCCGCCGCGCCGCCGGGGGAGAAGCCGGGGAAGCCGCGCCCGCAGGCCCCCGGCGCCGACGAGAAAAACCUGCCGACGUACGAGCAGGUCCGCGGCCGCCCCCCGGCCCGCGGCCAGCUGCACCCGGAGGCGCCCGCGGCCCCCCGGGACCCGGCGGCCGCCGGCAGCGGCCCCGCCGCGCCGCCGGCCGCCCUCCCGGAGGAGCCGGGCGCGCAGGACGACCUCUACUACGGCCUGCAGGACGGCUCGGACCCGCUGCUGGCCGGCAGCGAGCUCCUCUUCGAGCCCGAGGACUAG